AUGCAUAUUUGUACUGAUAGCGCUAGUACAAUAACAAAUAUUCACAUUAAAGUAACAACUCAGUUAAAAAAUAAGAACCUUUUUGUUUUGGAAUACUAUUGUAUUUCUCAUAAAUUGGCAUUAGCUGCAAAAGAUGCUGCAAACCAAGUUAAAGAAUUUAAAUCAUAUGAAAAAACUGUAUAUAGUAUUUAUAGUUAUUUUUUACGAAGUAUAGAACAAAUGAUACAUCUUAAAAUGAUAGAAGAAAAUAUUAGUGAUUCUCAACUUAUAGUUUUAAAUAUUAUUGAAACUUGUUGGUUGUCAUUAUCUAAUUUUCUUGGUAUUGAUAUAGUUGAGCUAACUUGGAAAAUUCAUUUAUGCAAAUAUAUAAUUAAUAAUGAAAUUAGCACAACAGAAUUACCUGCUAUUAUAACAAAAUUUGCACAUGCUACAAUUAAGUCAUUAGAAAAAAGAUUUCCAAACUGA